CUUUGCAAGAAAAUUAUAAAUCAGGUAGCAAAGAAAUUGUAAGCAAGAGCUUGUUUCAAUUCAAAGGAGAGGUACACAAGACCGCCAAAAAAACAAUCAAGAACCUGCUACUACACUGAGACUUUCUUGCGUUCAUUUCUUUCAAGUCCCUGGAGAGGACAAUGCUGUUGAUCAGUUUGAGUUCAGUGCUGCUUCUUCUGUGCCUGCAGCAACCAGUGAAUGCUAAGAUUACAUUUUAUCAAAGACAUGAAGAUGCCUCCUCGUGUAAUUUAACAUCAAAUACUUGUUGGAGAGUUGAAGGGCUAGCCUCGUAUGAACAUGGAGGUGUUGCACCUCAGACAUUUGUCUUCAUUUGUCGUUCAGAUCAACCUAAUCCUUCUCUAAGUUGGUCUCGGGACGAAGGUUCUUUAGGAAAAUCUCAACAAAGUGCUGGCGAUGACUCUGUAAUUAUGUUAUUUAGCAACCCUGUUGCAAAUGAUGCUUGUAUAUACAUUUGCAGAGAUUCAGCAAAUAAUGAAGAAGAGAUGCUGAACAUCACACACGCUAGCCCAGUUGCUCAAGCCGUCAAUCCAUUACUGACGGUUGUUGGUGGGUCUCCAGUCACGAUUGAGUUCUAUGCUUCAGCUAUACAACCUAUUCAACCAGGCAAUAUAACAUGGAAACUCAACAGCAUAAAGUUUACAUCAGGGCUUUUUGAUUCCUGGAAGAGAAGUCUUUACAUUCCAUCAGCAGCUGCCUCUGAUAAUGGAACAUAUCUAUUUGCCGUGACUUCUGGUACAGGUGCACUUCAAAGUUCCGCAGCAGCAACUGUUGACCUUAUUGUUAUAACUCCUUCUACUAUAGUAUCAGGUCCUCAGAAUGUAUCUGGAGUUAAGGAAUGGUCCUCCAUUAGUCUUUCUUGUACUGUAAUGGCUGGAACUUCCUUUAACAUUAGCUGGAGCAAACUGAACGGAACUCUACCAGUAAACACUAACAUUAGUACACAAAGCAAUGGAGAAAAUACCAUGAUCAGUACAUUAACAAUACCUAAUGUCCGAGUGGUUGAUUCCGGUUCUUAUCAGUGCUCAUCAUCUUUUACUAACGGAUCAAAUUAUACUUCAUCACUGGGCACUCUCAAUAUCACAGGAUCCAUUCAACUGAUGCUUAUUGAUACUAAUAAUGAAUCUAGUUUAGUGACGUCACCUCUACUGUAUGUACCUACUUUAUCAAAUUUUAACAUUGAAUGUCAGGGAACGGGUGAAUUUGAUUGGUCGGAAGGACUAGGGGGUGGGGCCAGUGUAACAUCUGAGGCUUCUGAAAGUCCUCAUCAGUUUAAUACUUCAACAAUGUUUCGUAGUUUAGCUUUUGAGAGUUUUCAAGCGGCUAAUAGUGGGUAUUAUACCUGUACUUCUGCUGGAGAGGAAGAGACAGUCUUCAUUACUGAUGCUAAUCCAGCAGUGUAUUCUCCUCGCUCUACCUUCAGAGUGAACAACCACACUAACCUCUCUCUUAUCAUAUACACGGACGGUUCUCCUCUUCCUACUCCUUCAAGCAUCACUUGGUACCACAACAACAUGACUAUAGAUAACUCCAGUCCUUACUACACUAUCAGUGAAGACUCAACAGUAUGUAGUAUAAUGGGACCGAGUGAAGAAGUGACUGGUAACUAUACAGUACUGGUCACAACUAGUGCUGGGACUAAUACAAAGCACUUUUAUAUCGAUCCUAAGUCAUUUUCCAAUAGCUCAACUUGUGGCGGUGGCUAUUCUUACGGUUGUACCAAUGGCCCUUGUCUUUAUCGAGCCACAUGGCUAGUAAAAGGUGAGCACGUUCAGUUUAAUGUCACCGGUCGUGUUUCAACUGGACGAUGGGUUGCAAUUGGAUUCUCUGAUAACAGAUUAAUGGCUCAAACUGAUAUUGUUCUUGCAGCAGUUAGUUCUAAUGGCAGAGGAGAAGUAACUGACAAAUGGGCUACUGGUCAUACUAUGCCACCAGCUGAUGAUAGAGACAAUAUUUUAUACUCUCGUGUUAUCUAUAGCAACGGCUAUACUUCAUUCACUUUCAUCCGUACUGUUUCAGCAGUUGAUACAACUCAAGAUAUUGAUCUGAGCAGUCCAAGGUUCUUUGUUUAUGCACUCAAUGGAGCUGCCACUGUUAAUGCUGAUGGAACUAUAACUAGUAUAGGACAGCAUCCAGACACUCCUAUGAUAUCAGAUGAUCACAUCACACUGGGUAAUCCAGCACAGUGUCCAGGUGUUUUUGAUGAGUUGAAUACUGGUACUGAUCCAACUGAUACUGCUUCAACCGGUACCAGUCCACCUAAUACUGUUCCAACUGAUACUGCUUCAACUGGUACCAGUCCACCUGAUACUGUUCCAACUGAUACUGCUUCAACUGGUACCAGUCCACCUGAUACUGUUCCAACUGAUACUGCUUCAACUGAUACUGGUCCAACUGAUGGCAAUGCUACCAUGAUGCUAUCAGUCUUUGUCCUUAUAUUCUGCACAUUAUUAGCUUACCUCAUAUAAUCCUGAACUAGAGUACCUAACUACAAGUAUAUUAUGUUUCUUGCUGAUUAUUCCUUUUCCUAGCUGUAGUAUUGUCUUAUCAUUUUGUCAUGCUGAUAAUUAUUACACGUAGCUUCAAACUUCUUAUACAUGUACAUUACAUAGCAUAAAGACUUACAAUGUAGCUACAUAUAAUUUUUACAUUCUAAAAAUUGUUGAAGAUCAUCUUUUACAUUA